AUGACCAAAUGGCAUCUCAGGAACCCUUGGCUCGUGGUGUGCAGCGACAUGCUUCUCAUGGUUGGCUGCCAGAGUGAUUACCUAGGAACAAGGGAUGUAUUUGAAGCUUACCGUCUUGACAAUUCGACUGAGCCUGCAAAGUGGGUGAAGGUGGAGAGGUUGGAGAACUGGGCAAUAUUCAUCAGCAACGACCAGAGAAGCCACUAUCAUGCCUGA